UAAAGAAUGAUUAUGUUUGAUAACAACACAUUUUUGUUACUGUGAUUUCGGGGACGUGACAUUUUUAUUAUUUUAAGAAGUAGCAUUUCAUGACGCAUCAUGCACUGGAUACCUUGCAUCGGAGCCAGGGACGAGGUAGAAGAGCAUUCCAAGCAAAUUGACAGAGAAAUCAAACAAUGGAUCAAGUCUUAUAAUCAGGCAAUAAAGCUGUUACUGCUGGGCACAGGAGAGAGUGGGAAGACGACUAUUAUAAAACAAAUGAAAAUUCUACACGUGCAAGGAUUCUCUGCCAGUGAACGAGCAGAAAAAGCGAUUCACAUUCGUCACAAUAUCCACGAAUCUAUACAUGACAUUGUGAACAGCAUGGCGGUGCUUGGCAUAGAGCUGCAGAAACCAAAGAAUAGUGUAUCCAAAGAGUAUAUACUCAAACUUGGCGAUGAUGGACCUAUGGAGUAUAAUGAAGAAUAUUUUGACCAUGUGAGAGCGUUAUGGCAAGAUAAGGGAGUCAGGGAAUGCUUCAAAAGAUCCAACGAAUACCAACUCAUAGACAGCGCUGAAUAUUUUCUAGAUAGAAUAGAUCUUAUUGAAAACCCGAAUUACAUACCAUCAGAUGCCGAUAUAUUGAGAUGUCGACGGAAAACGACUGGGAUACAGAAAAUUGAAUUUAAAGUUAAGGUCCCAAAAUCAAUGCACGGAGGUACACAAGAAUUUUGGAUGUUUGACGUUGGAGGACAGAGGGGAGAACGGAAAAAAUGGAUACAGGUGUUCGAGGGUAUCCACGCCAUCUGGUUCCUUGUGGCGUGCAGUGACUUCGAUCAGACCCUCAGGGAAGAUGGCUCGCAGAACCGACUCCAAGAAGCUUUGGAUCUGUUUCAAGAUGUUUGGCAGAGUAGGUUCCUCCUAGAAGCCGGUCUAAUCCUGUUCCUAAACAAGCAAGAUAUACUAGAACACAAGAUAUCUCAGGGCCGCAGCAUCGCGCCCUACUUCCCCGAGUACGAGCGGUUUAGCGCGCAGGGAGACGAGUAUACGCGAACCAAGAUGUUUAUUAGGAGUCUGUUUGUGGAACUUAUAACAAAGAAACGCGAACGCCAUCGCUUAGACGCGUCAGCAGAACGGUUCGUGGUCGCCGAAGCUCGUCGCGCUAGAGAGUGCUACUUCCACUUCACGACGGCAACAGACACUGAUAAUGUCAGGACUGUCUUCAGAGAUGUUCAUCAGAUCAUAUUGACUCAUUUGCUGAAUAAUUUGGGAGUUUAUUGACCAGCGGUUUCUUUUUGUAGCUAGAUAAAAUAUAGCCUACUAGGUCCGCCCGCGUAGUUUUCGGUUAUAUCGCGUUUCCAAGACAAUUCUUCAAAAGUCCGGGAUGAAAACUAUCCUAUGUUCUUUCUCAAGGUCAACUCUAUCUUUGUUCCAAAUUUUAUUAAAAUCAGUUCAGUGGUUUUUAGACGUGAAAGCGUAACAGACAGACAGACAGAGUUACUUUUGCAUUAAAUAAUAUUAGUAGGGAAGUAGGGAUGUUACUCGGGGAUAGUGUAUUGGAAAAAAGUAUAGAUUUCCUCCAUAAAUGGCUAAUCAUCCUUCGAGCCUUUUCCCUACUAUGUUGGGGUCGGCUUUCAGUCUAACCGGAUUCAGACUGGUGUCAGACUUACUGACAACAAAAUCUUUAGGUAUCAUUAUAUUAUUCAUAAGUACCUAGGUUAGAUUAAUUUAUGACGGUGUGUAACUUACAAAAAGCAAUAAGUAAAUGUAAUAUUUAUACGUAAGUAGGUAGGUGCUGCUUUCUAGUUUGCAAUAAUAAAUGUGUAUUUACUU